AUGGCUUUUUUGGGACGCAAAGACGGUUGCAAGGGCUGGCACGCUGGCUGGAGUGGGGAUCCCGGCCUGGCCGGGCGGGGGGGGUGCGCGGACCGCGGGUGGGGUCUGCGCCGUGGAGCUGUCUGUGCCUGGUGGGGCGUCGAUGGAACAAGGUCGCCAACCCAGCGCCCAUGGAUGCGUGUCCAGGGAUUUUGUGCCCACGGACCACCGAAUGCACUCCUUCGGCCCAGUCGUUGGCCGCCUGUCAGCGUCAAGGUUGGGGUUAGCCAUUGUUCCGCUGAGGCCGCCGUUGGCAGCAGCAGCAGGGCGAAGCUACUGUAG